UCAAAAUGCAGAAUUACAAGAUUAUUAUAAAAUGAAACCAGACAUGUUAUUGGAACAAUUGGAACGACUUGCAAGACGAAAAAUGCACAAGUUAAAAGAUUUGCUUGAAUACGCUUUGACAAUCGAAAAUCUCCUCAAGAUGGCAAUGAUUUUACUUAGAUCACGUGCUAAUAUUCCAGUAGUCUGUUGUGGUGAAGCUGGUUGUGGAAAGACAAGUUUAAUCAGCUUUUUAUCAAUGGUUAUGGAAGUUAAUUUUCGCGCAUUAAAUCUUCACGCGGGAGUUCAUGAGAGUGAUAUUCUAGAAUUUAUGGAAAAGGCUACAGAGCUUGCGAGGGAAAGUGAAACCUGGAUCUUCUUGGACGAAAUAAAUACAUGUGAUCACAUCGGAAUGCUUGGAAGUCUGAUUUCACACAGACUUCUUAAUGGAAAACAAAUACAUCCAAACAUCAGAAUAUUUGCUGCCUGCAAUCCUUAUAGAUUAAGAGCUAAGGCACAAAGUAAUGUGGGUUUGUCUGCAAGAUUAUACGAAGAAAAAGGAAAAUUGGUUUACCAAGUACACCCGAUGCCUGACCAAAUCCUAGAUUAUGUCUGGGACUAUGGUCAUCUUAAAGCAGAAGAUGAACGAAACUACAUAGAGAUUAUGGUGAAAACACAAUUAAACCAUCCAUUUUUUGCGGAAUUAUUAUGCGCAUCACAAGCAUUUAUUCGUGAUGUUGAAGAGCCAUUUAGCGUUAGUCUGAGAGAUGCAAAACGUGCGAUCAAACUUUUCAAGUUUUUUAAAGAUAAAUUUAAUAAAUUAAAUAGUACACAAAAUAGUGGAAUUCUUGAAACUCGUUCAUUGGUUUUGGCACUUAGUCUAUGUUAUCUUUUUAGACUCCAUGAUCAAUCUCAACGUAAAGAAUAUCGAAAAAAAAUGAUUAAUAUUAUAGGAAAAUAUCAAACAAUCAAUGAUGAACCUAGAAACCGAUAUCGACAAGAUAAAGAUUUUUUUGAAAGAAUAAUUUCUCUCGAACAAGAUAAUUAUAUUAGCCGUAUGCGAUGUCCUGAAGGAACUGCAGCUAAUGAAGCACUUUUAGAAAAUAUUCUUGUAAUGAUCGUUUGUAUACAAACACGAAUCCCUGUUUUCAUAAUUGGUGCACCGGGAAGUUCAAAAUCUUUAGCAGUGCGCAUUAUCAGUAUGAAUCUUCGAGGAGCAGAUUCAAAUGAUCCUUAUUUCCGAAAAUUACCUCAAGUGUAUAUGAUUCCUUAUCAGGGUUCAAGUUCGUCGACUUCUGAUGGAAUUACAAAAGUUUUCCAAUCUGCUCAAAAUUAUCAACAUACUAGUUCCAAAGAAAAUCCCGUUACCGCUGUCGUUCUUUUGGAUGAAGUUGGCCUUGCAGAAACCAGCCCAUAUAAUCCUUUGAAAGUACUUCACGCUUUAUUGGAGCCACCUCUUGGUUCUAAAAGUAGUGAACCGGCCGUUCCAGUUAUUGGAAUCAGUAAUUGGCGAUUGGAUAAUA